UUUCUCAUCGCAAAAUAUUUAUCAUGACAAGGAAACGUCACUGACCACGUUUAAACCAGCGAGUCCGCUAAAUAAUGGUCAGACUUAUUACGGAGGAGACAUCUGAUCGUUCGAAUAAUCCCGCCUGACUUGCGCACCAAUAAAAUCAAUGCACCGGCCCCCGAGCUGCGGCAGUGCGACGCCGUCGAGACAGGACGUGCCCGUUGUACCAUCAAACUCGUGUAAAUUAACGAAUUUAUUAGGUAAAUUAUCGUUAUUUCGUGGAUAUCAACAUGUGAAUAUGAAGGAGAUAAUGCCGUCGAGGGAAGACAUGGAUAUGUGCACGGACAAGGUGUUGUCGAAGGGUAGAAUCCUCCAGGAGCUCACCAAAGCUGUGAAAUUGGUGUACGCCCAGAGUCUCCAUGGCUCAGUGGUGUUGGACGGCGAUUCCUGGCUCGUGUACUGGCUGGAUCGUGCCCUGCGCCACGGAUUACGAGUCGAGAGACACGGAUAUUGGGGAACAGUGCGUGAGCUCAGCCACCAGGACACAAUUGUUGUGAUUCAUGCAUUGCAAAGUGUCUUAACAUCGAUUGGCAAAGGACGAGCCUGGCUCUAUCACACUCUGAGUGAGGGAAGUUUUGAGAGCUACUUGGCUUGUUUCUUGAGGGAUACAGUCACUCUGAAGAAGCAGUAUUUUCCUCAUGCUCUUGUACGGGACGCUGACAAGACCCAUCAAUUGAUUAAUCUCCUAGCUGGCCUAGAGAAUGUUUCUUUCACUCUUCAAUUGGACGUAACAUACCUGGAUAUCUGCAACUAUAUGCCCCAGCGUCCGAUGAGUGGAUCUCCCUCAGGAACAGCCCUAUCCCUCCACCUGCGUUCCUCCAGCGUCACCUCAAGCCUAGCAUCACCAGGUGACUCCGGUGUAGCCCUUGACAGUGACAUAGAGGGUGCAAACGAAACAGACGCAAGCAGUUACAAAGAGGAGGAUUACUCCAUUAACAACAUUCCAAAAUACCGUACACCAAAAUACAAAUCAAUAAUGUCAUGCCCCCAAGACAAUAAAAACUUGGAUCGUUCGUUCUCCUCGAGUGAUUCAAGUGAGGAUGGUAAAACUCCGGUUCACUCACCCUCCCUGAAAUCCAAGUUUCAACAUUCGGGAAUGACAAAGAGUGAUAUUGCUAAUCAGAAUAUAACGACGAAGAUGGAUGAUAACGAGUUAAACUGUUCGAGUUUGGACACACUGAAGGAUUACAACAUUUACAGCAAAAGUUUGGAGGAAUCCCGUCUUGACAAAGUCAACAAUGACAUUGAAAAUUCGUCAAAGGAUUACACUAAACGGAGUAGUUACUACGCCGACGGUUACAGCUUCAAGAAGACCGUCGAUUCACGUAAUUCAUACGUCAUCAACAACGACACAAAUCUCCUGGAGCUCAGCAUGACAAUAUCAGACUGCGAUUGUUGCACGGAGACCCCCUACAGCAUUCUGAACACAAUAAACAUGACAGACACGAGUAUUCUAUCGUCAUCGGGUUCUGAGGCAGUUGUGCAACGUCGCCAGAGGAAGAAAAAACGAGGUGAGACGAAGAAACGCGUGAGCUUUCACGAGGACAUCUUCAAGACGAUGAAGCUCGAUGACGACGAGAAUUUUGCUGACUUCUCCGUGAGCUUUGUCUCCCCGAAUUCAGUGCAGAAGAGGGAUGCCCAGAGGGGAAGAUACAGCUGGUGUGGUAAUGGAGACUCUCCGUACAUUGAAAAAACCAGCAGCACUAGAAAGGUCAACUCUGAUUACUACUCGUCGUCCUCGGGGAGUGUCCUGGACAGUGAUUAUGGUUGUAAAUCACUGGGGAAGAUCUGCGAUCGUGCCAUCUGUCAGAAGAACUCUCGGUGCACGUGCGGACCGUCGAUGUCAGAACGAGGAGUGCCAGAGGGACAGGAGGAUCCUGGAAAAAAUUUCAAACCCAAAAUGGAGAUUGAACUUGAGGAGAAUGAGGCACAGGAGGCGUACAUUGUCGAGAAAAAAUGUGGUUACAUUAUUGAAGAUCCUCCAGUGGAUGUCGAGAGCCCAACACCACCACGAAACUCGAAAUACAGCUCGAGUGAUUGGUCUGACGUCGACAGCAUGACAACAUCGACUGAUCUUGAGGAACGUCGAGGCUCUCGUCACUUGGCAUCGCCCCUGAAGAAGCGAAACGUGACGUCUGUACUGCCAAGUGACAGUGGCAGAUUGGGAAUAUCAACAAUGCGUCCCGCUACCUCGAGUACAUCAUUACUGAGUCGAUUUUUACGAUCGAUAACAGAACGUAAAUUUGAGAUAAAAAAGAGCAAAAAAUCGCUGAAGCCUAGUACACUCUACAUCAAAGGUGCGAAGGCCGAUUACGAUACAUUCAAAGAUUUUAACGACAAUUUGGAAAAGGAAAUACAGGACAAUAUUGUCGCUGAGAAACAGGAUUUCAGUGGUGAAAAAAUCAGUCUAAAACUUCGUGAAGUAUUCAAACGUCACAUUUACAGAGAUAAAACUGAAGAAUUGUACAAAGUCUACAAAAUUCGUAGCUCGUACAUGAAUAAUGGCGACAGUAAACCAAUGCUCGCCCUCUUGACCGACAAAACUCUGUACUUGACUGGUACAAAGGGUGACAACAGCUACAGCAAUCAGUUUGUCAUACCCUACAACGAACUUGAUGUUAUUAUGAUCGGACCUAAUGCACAAACGAUAUUGAUAUCAAAUGCCGAUUACGAGAUGCAGUAUUUGUUCUCAACAGGCAGUUCACAGACGACAUCUGAACUGAUAUCACAUUUGGAAAUGGCAAUGAGAAGGUCACCCUCUAAGCCACGUUUACCAGCUGUCAAGGAAUUGAAUUACGAUGAUAUGCACACCCUGAGGCACUCGAUAUUAACUGAAACAGCUGUACAUUGUGAUGAAAAAAUUGAACAUUACAGUUUAAUUUACAUGGAGGACGAUCAUAUAUCACCACCGAGCACACCAUGUGGUCCAACCAAAGAGGGAGAUCUUAUGUUCAGACCACAUUCGUAUCAGGCACAUCCUAAUGCACCAACCAAUGCCUGGGAGGCGGGAUAUUUUGUUCUCAAAGGUGGUGUUGUUUACAUGUUCACUGAUUCGUGUCAGAGAUUACCCAAACGUGCUAUACCACUCAAGGGUGGAUUGUGUCAGGGUUGCAGACGUAUUCCAAAUUCACACAGGCCUCAUACGUUUGAAAUACUACUCAAACCUAAUAAGUCCUUUCAGUUUGCUGCACCUGAUGAAUAUGUUGCCAGUGAGUGGCUCCAGAGCUUUGUCCAGAGUGCCUCGGGACUUUUUGACACCAAUGAGAUUAGCAGCCCCAUGCCAUGUAGCCUCAUCGCCACGACGAAUCAUCUUGUUGCUAUGAAGGAGGUGUUCCCCGGGGUACAGAGGGGACAGACACUGUCGUGUGCUUGUGUUGAGGAUCUUACAGCUUUUAGGGUACCACUGGCCCAACAGUCCUGGUGUAUUUUGGAAUUUGCUUGUCGGGAGGUGCAUGAGAGCAGCGGUGAUUGGGUGAUUUAUUUUACGAAUUACACGGAACUUUGCGCCUUUCGAGAGGUUUUAGAAACACUUUGGGCUGACGCGAAUUUGGGUGAAUUUCCCAUGGUAACUCUUCCACCGGAGAACAAACUCCACCGAAGAUGCUCAGAUGCAAGUAAAGAUCUCGAGCACGCCUGGAAACACUUAUUGCCAGUAUCGCACGAUUGAUUCGAUUGAAUUACCACAAUCGCUCCAGCAAUAAAUUAACCAUUAAAAUCCAGUAAGCGCUAUAUGAUUUAUCGAGAUUGUGGAGGGCCCCGGACUCUCUCCACACGCGUUAGCAUAUCAGUGGAGCUCAUUCCCAAUCAUAUAAAAAAUAAUGAGUGGCUUAAUUCUCUUUAUUUCUAACAAUCGCGAUUUAAAAACGAAAUUAAUUUAUUUUGGAGUUAAAAGAGGGAGAAAAUACUGGGACUCUUCUGAUCUCAUAGUUACGACGUAGAUAUAUAUAUAUUUGAAUGCGAAACUGGUGCAAUAUAUAGUCAUUUGCAGAGGGGAUUUAAAGUGAAAUAAAAAUAUAUGAAGCCCCGAGAUUACGGAGAAUAUUAUUUACUCAAGCCGGUAGAAGGAGUGGUAGAAAGAUGAAAGAAUAAAGAAUAUUAAGUCAGGGGGCAAUAUUAAUAUAUAUUCGUACUCUUAAAUUUCAUUCUUUUUUUCUCACAGAAUUUAUAAACGUGAUUAAGUUAAUUUACGAUGGAAAGACUGUUGAACAAUGGAAAUUUUCCAUUGGAUAUUUGAGGGGGGAAUUAUAACUGUAUGGAUGUCUACAAUAAUCAGCAUAAUAGAGAGUGUGUCGAGAUAUUAAUGAAAUUGCAUAGCAUCUGAUCGUGUUAUAUCAUUCGAAGGGCUAUACCAGUUAUUGUGAAACAAUUCGUCGGUUAAUUUUCAUUACAGAAAUUAGAUUAUUUCAUGGUAUGGUGAAUAAGUUUAUUCUAGUAUUUUUUAAUACAGUUAAAUUCACAGAGAAGUGAGUGCACUUUUUCUAUGAAUAUCAUUGCGUCUAACGAUAAAUUAUAUAUUGUAAAAAAAAAUUGUGGUGCUUCAAUAUGUGUCGUGUAUUCAUGAAUUAUUAUUGAAGCGAAGUGUUAUGCUUGCGUUGCUCAUCAAUAAUUUUGUUCAGUUAUAUUAUUUUAAUACUAGGUCUACAUUAUAUUUUUUACAUCAAUUAUUUUUUAUUCCGGUGUUAGGUCAAUGAGAGCAGUUAUUAAUUUGUGAAUAGUCAGUGAAUAAGAGAUACGAAAAUUAAUGGUAAAAUGCAGCUGUUGCAAAAUUGUGAUAGAGGCGUUAGUGCGUAGUGAUGGAAAACAAAAAGUCCAUUUACACGUAAAAGUUAUUACUUUAUGGUAUUUAAAAUAUUGGAUCAAUUGUGAUUUAUAUGAAUUGUGUGGACAUACGUGUAUUUCCAGCUGAAGCUCGGAUUUUUUUGUUUACUAUUUUUUUUUCUCGUUUGUUUUGAACAAAGUAAUUGGUGUGAACGACCACUCCGGCUCUAUAAUAGUUGGCCAUUGGAGUGUUAUCGUUUUCACGCCAAUAAAAACACAAUUUUCGGCAGCCAAAGGGUUCAUUGAAGAAUUGAGUUUAAUGAUAUAAUCACAUCACGUGAAAUAGUUACCAAAAUAAAUUGUACAAGCUAGUCAGGUGAAUAAAAUGCAAUUUUAUCUUGAAA